CCCAUCCCAAAACAUUGAGACGGCUAUUCCUCUUCUCAUCUCCACUCGCUUCGCCUCUUGCUUGACCUGCCAAGCUCGAACCGGACGGAGGCUGUAUCUUUCGUACCAAAGAAUGGUUCACCUUCCUUCGCGCGAAUCCACCAUUGGAUUGUACAACACCCACAUUUAGAUCUGUGCAGACGGAUGAAAGCACGUGUCCGAGUGCUUUGAGAGCUGUGUGGGACGAUCCAACGGUGAAUGUAGCGAAAGAAGAUCAAAAAUUCUUUCGGGCGAAAGAUACAACCUGAACCCGGUUCGCCCUACCCUUCGGCGCAAUUGGAAAACCCCUACCCAUCGAACUCGUCACGGUGAGAAUUCGCGAGGGAAGGGAAGAAGAGGCGAUGUCCGUUGCCUCCCCAUCUCCACGGAUUUGGUCUCCGAAGGCCGAAAUCGCUCGAUCCCCUCUCGGUGUCUCCACCUUCACCUCUUUCUCCUUCCAUGAGACUAGGAGAAGAGGAGGCAGCGUUCGCAGAAUUCCAAGAUCCUCGUUGCAAGACUCCCCUUCGCCUUCCUUGGACGAGCCUGCAGAAAAGAAGUCAAAUUCCAGGCUCCCUUUUGAUAUCGGUGGAUUGGAUGGGCUUGGCUUCGUCCGAGAGGGGAGCGAAGCCAAGGCCUCUUCGCUCCCCUCUCCGACGGGGGCUGAGAUUUUUGCUCCCCUUAGCCGGAGGCCGAUGUUUAGGCUUAGGUCGAAGUCUUUCCGCGGGCGUCCUUUGUGGCAUCGGAUCUUCUUUGCUUCGAAGAAGGUUAGGAGCAUCAUCUUGCUCAACGUCCUCACCGUCAUCUAUGCCAGCGACAUUCCAAUUUUGAAAGAGGUUGAAGAGGUUGUGGAGCCUUCAUUAUUUACCAUGGUGCGGUUUGUUCUUUCAGCGAUUCCCUUCAUACCAUUUGUGUUACAGGCACAUCGAGAUUGUAAUACCCGCUCUGCGGGUAUAGAGUUAGGUCUUUGGGUGAGCUUGGGCUACCUGAGUCAGGCCCUUGGACUACUCACAUCAGAUGCAGGACAUGCAUCCUUCAUUUCUGCCUUCACAGUAAUUGUUGUGCCUUUAAUUGAUGGCAUGUUUGGUGCAACAGUACCAGUGUUUAUCUGGUAUGGAGCAUUUGCAUCUCUCAUUGGAGUUGCUAUGCUAGAGUGUGCUGGUUCACCCCCUUGUGUUGGCGAUGCUCUGAACAUCUUGAGUGCGGUGUUCUUUGGGAUCCACAUGCUUAGAACGGAACAAAUUUCAAGAAGCACAAAAAAAGAGAAUUUCUUGGCGCUUCUUGGCUAUGAGGUCUUUGUUAUGGCUUUGUCAUCAGUGAUGUGGUUUCUGGUUAGAGGUAUCUUUGGUGAUGUGCAUCAUCUGAACUUAGGAUCCUGUGAUGGGUCAGUAUCGUGGGAUUGCAUAAUUUCAUUUCCUUGGAUACCAGCAAUAUAUACAGGCAUAUUUUCAACUGGUUUAUGCUUAUGGGCAGAGUUGGAUGCCAUGGGUGAUGUUUCAGCAACUGAAACUGCGAUUAUUUAUGGGUUGGAACCAGUAUGGGGUGCAGCAUUUGCAUGGUUUCUACUUGGUGAAAGGUGGGGUACCACUGAAUGGAUUGGAGCUGCUCUUGUGUUAUGUGGUAGCUUAGCUGUCCAGAUCCUAGGAUCAACAUCUGAAAAAUCAAAGAAGAUCAAAGAUAGUAGUAAUUCCAAUCGCUUGGAAGCUGCAGACAAGCAAAAUAAUUUGUCUUUCUCUGCUGUUCUCAUCAACUCCAAAAAGAACGUAGCAGAUCCUUUCCAGAAUAGGCAGGACAAACUAUGAUACAGGACACUUUAGCUUUAUGGCAAAUCAAAAUUACAGAGGCUUAAAAGUCAGCUGAAGUAUAUAAUCAAGCAACACUGCGAAUCAACUUUUCAGGCGAGCAUCUUGAAAGGGGUGUCUGAGCAAGUCACCCUGAUGUGUAUGUACAAGUAGAUUCUCUGCUCUGAAAUCCGCAGCAUUUCAAGCACAAGCAUAAGGAGCAAAGACUCUCUGCAAGCAAACCUGAUGUGUAUGCAAGAAUGAAUUGGCAUUUAGUAAGUUCAACUGAGCUGAGACUAGAGCUUCGGUCGAGCAAGAAUGGCUUGCUUUAGGCCUAUUUCGGGCUAAUCUAAUUCUCGAGAAUGCAUCUCUUUUUGAUGAGGAUGCAUAACUUCUUUUGAAGGCAUGGAUCCCUAAGCAGGAGCCUCACUUAUAAAUCCAAUAUAUCUGAGUAUAGGACUGGCGGACAAGAUUGGAUAUUUGCUUGAAAGUGAAACAUUUGGGAUAUACAGAUGUAAGCAACCAUAUCUAUAUGUUAGAUUAACAAAAAGGGGAAUAUUCAUUUAGAUACAUUUUUUUUGUAUCUCUUGUUAAUCUGAGAGGCGCAUACUGCGUGACUCUACUUGCUGAUACAUUUUUUUUUUGCAUCUCUUGUUAAUCUGAGAGGCGCAUACUGCGUGACUCUACUUGCUGAAACAAGUUUUUUCUGAAACCUUAUUCCCCAAA